AUGGAGGGUCGCAGGGCGCGCUCACGCUGCAUCUUCCUGUGCUGCGUGGCGGCCGCGGCGGCCAUGUCACUGCUCUAUGUCGCCACACUGGACGCCUGGCAGCGGCCCGACCGUGAGUCCGGCUGGCGGCGCCGCCUGCUGGUGUCCACGCCCGGCUGCGAGCUGCCCGCCAUGGAGCUGCGCUCCGCCGCGGUGGCGCCCUACCUGCAGCGGGAGCCGGCGCCGCCCUGCCUCGGCGCCAGCCCCGCCGUGCUGUCCAACGCGACGCACCUCUGGACGCGGGACCGCCGCCCAGACUGCUGCCUGCAGCUGCUGCUGCCGCGGCCGCGCUCCGACUCUGCCUACUCGGUGACGAACGGGUGCAUGCCGCUGCCGGCGUCCGGGCUGCGCGUGUUGGACAGCGAGGGCGGCGGUCCCGAGUUCGUGCGCGUCUCGUGCCCCGGCGAGCGCUGGCAGGACCUGCACGCCUUCGUGCCCCUCACCAGGCCCGCCUACAACUGCUCUGCUGCUGACGGCUCCUGCGGCGGGGAAACGGCGGCGAACGACUCUGUGAACGUGCUGAUGCUGGGCCUGGACGCCGUCUCGAGACUCAACUUCCACCGCCAGAUGCCUCUGACUGCCGACAUGCUGCGGGAGCUCGACGCCAUCGAGAUGCUGGGCUAUAACAAGGUUGGCGACAACACGUUCCCCAACAUGCUGGCGGCGCUUAGCGGCCACACGGAGCGUGAGCUGCGGGACUCCUGCUGGGACGGCAAGGCGGCCUUCAACCCCUGCCCCUGGGUCUGGUACAACUACAGCGCAGCAGGACACCGGACGAUGUUCAUCGAGGACUCUCCGUACCUGGGCAUGUUCCACUUCGAGAAGCCGGGCUUCUCUGAGUCUCCCACGGAUUACUACCCUCGACCCUACAUGCGCGCCGUCGACAAGGAAUUGGGCCACGCCGGCACCGAGACUACGAGCAGGUGCGCUGGCGAGCGGCUUCAGGUGUCCGUGUUGCUGACGUACGUUCGCAAGUUCGUGGAAGCGAUGGGUUCUGCUGGCUGGCGCUACUGGGCACUGGGGUGGAGCACGUCCGUGACGCACGAUCGGCUCAACGGUCCGCAGCUGGCGGAUAGCGAGCUCAGCAGCUUUCUGCGCUGGCUGAGGGACACGGGUGCACUGCAGUCCACCGUGCUCAUGCUGCUCAGCGACCACGGCAUUCGCGCCGGCGCUUUCCGGCAGACGCGGCAGGGCCAGCUGGAGGAGCGGCUGCCGCUGCUGGCCGUGGCGCUGCCCACCUGGUUCUCGCAGCGCUACCGCGCCGCCGCGCGCAACCUGCGGCGCAACGCGCGCCGCCUCAGCACGCCCUUCGACCUGCACCGCACGCUGCUCGACCUGGUGCGGCCCGACCGUGCGCUCCUCGACCACCAGCUGCUGCGCCGCAGAGAGCGAGAGCCGGGCCGCGGCCGCAGCCUGUUCACGGCGCUGCCGGAGUCGCGCACGUGCGCCGACGCGGGCGUGCACGUGCACUGGUGCGCGUGCAAGCGCGGCACGCGGCCGCUGGCGCCGCAGUCGGGGCUGGCGCGCGCCGCCGCGCAGCGCUUCGUGCACCAGCUGAACGCGCGCCUCGCGCCGCUGCGCGCGGCCCGCGGCGGCGGGGCCGGGGGAGAGCGGCUGUGCGCGCAGCUGCGCCUGCGCCGCGUGCUCUCCGCGCUGCGCAGCCCGCACGACGUCACCGUCACCCUGGAGACGGCGCCGGGCGGCGCGCGCUUCGAGGCGACGCUCGCGCUCGACGACGCCGGCGGCGGCGAUGACGGCGGCGCCCUGGGGGCGGCCACGCUGGAGGCCGUCAGCCGCGUCAACAUGUACGGCAACCAGAGCGCCUGCAUCUCCGACUUCCACCUCAAGCUCUUCUGCUACUGCGUCUCCUAGCGACCUGCCGCCUUGCUUAUUGUCAUGUUUCUUGAAAGUUCCUCCAAGUUACCUCGUAACUGCUAGCUUCGAGCUAAGAAUGUAACGUAUCCACCGCUGAUUACGAAACAAUUUAAUUGUAGUGUUAUCUCUCACUACAGGGUGAUAGUCUCGCUUGGUGCUGGGAUGUGCAGUGAAGGCUGUCUCUGCAACAAUCACAAAGUAUCUUCUUCUAUGACUGUCCAUACGUGCAACUGCUUGCACAUUAUUUGAGAAGGAAGUAAGUGAACAUCCAGUAAUUCCCGUUAACAGGAAAAAAAGUUGUUUGGUCUUUAAUACAGUGCUUCAUACGUAUUGGGGAUGGGUGGUCUUUUUAUCAGUGUCCAACAAUUGCCUUAAAGAUAUUUUCAUUUGGGUCACAUCUGUAUUCAAAUUUAUGAGCUCUUCUGCUCUAGCACUUUAUCUCUGUUUCUGUGAAUUGUAAAAUUUUCUCGUCGAAUUGAAUGUUUAAACAAACUAUGGGCUUGUAGCCGGUCGUCGUUUAAUUCAUCGCACGAUAUUUCGACUGGGCACCUGUCAAUCGUCUUGAGAUGAGCCGUCAGUGACUGACAAAGACUUGCUCCGCUCCGUCAUAAAUAGCGCUCCGCGGGUAUUCCGUGCAUGUGUCAAAAUUAAAGUUGACAGACGGACCACACUUCCGAUGGCAGCGCCCUCGCUGGUGGAAUCGCGGAACUCGGCUGUCCCCUGUGUUACCGUUCUGCGCGGCCGUUUGCGCACUCUGUUGUCUUCGAUUAGAACGAAUCGUAGAGGUGAUGGGGUUCGACGCCUUGUCCAACUGGUAGCCGCUAUCACGGUUCAUUACAUUUUCCACCAGGCCUGUUUCCACGGAUUCUUUAAUAAUGGAGUCCCAGAAAGAUGUAACUGUGAUGAGAAUCACAGGUCUGUCAUACUCCAUUGAAUGUACAGUGGAAAUGCAAUGUUCGGCUAUAGCGGACUUGCUUGGUUGCAAAAGGCGAACGCGACGAUGAUGCUUAGUGCAACGUUCUUUCACAGUGCGUGCAGUCUGUCCUAUGCAAGCCACACCACACUGACAAGGUAUUUUGUGAAUUCCGGACUUCCUCAAUAACAAGUUGGCCCUUACCGAUCCCAAAAGGUCUGCAAUCUUAGUGGAUGAAAAAUCGCUUUCACCCGAAAUUUGCAGAGGAUUCUUGCUAUUUUAAACGAAAUG